AUGGAGGGCCUCCUCGCGCAGCCUGCGCGCGUAACGCAGGUGGCCGUCCCCGCGUCCUCUCCGCUAUCAUCCCCCGCCUUCAUUUCCCCUAGUCGCUUUUUUGCAGCCGCUCACGGCCGGAUAGCGGCGCGGCAGCGCAAGUCGCUGGCCGUUAGAAACCCCUGGGAACAGCGAGUGGGUGCUGGCGACGGCCAACUAUGGCGAGCCACCCCUUCGAACAGCGAGUGGGUGCUGGCGAUGGCCAACUAUGGCGAGCCGUACGUGGCGGCAGUGAGGAAGGGCAACGUGCAAGCCGUGCAGUUCCACCCGGAGAAGUCGGGCAUGGUGGGCUUGGACAUCCUGCGUCGCUUCCUCGGCCCCAACAGGAGCCAGCAGGCCAACGUGCGUGCUCCCUUUGCCCUCUCCCCUCGCUGCCCCUCCUGCACUCCCCGCCCUCUCCGCCCUCUCCGCUCUAUCCGCCCUCCCUGCCCGCCCUGCCCUCCUGCCCUCUCUGAACGUUUGGGGCGGCGGAAGUCGCUGGCAGGCUGUCUUAGCUUCGGUCUGCAUCUUCCACUCCUGCUGAUUUGA